GGACGAAAAGAAAAUGUGCAUUCACAAGACCAACACUUAGAAAUCAUCUGUUCAUUUGAUGAUUUUUCUAAAUGUGUUCCUGAUGUGAUCAUAUUUUCUGCAGUGUUUUGAAAGAUAAACAGUCAUAUUUGGUGAAAGUCUAUUCUAAAAGUCCAGAGUUUGGCUCUUAUUUUAUUUUGGACCAUCUGGCUUAUUUUAAAGAACGUUAAGGAAUGAAUCUUGUAUUUUUUUAGUGCUUUAAAUGCAAUCAUUGAUUGAAUAAUUGUGUUUGUGGAAGCAGCAAAGGUGAGCCGGAGCGCCUGAUGCGGCGGUUGUGCUCAUGCGCAGAUACGUAGAUAGUGACUUCAUCGCCUGCUCAUUUUUCAACGCACGUCCGGCGGCCGCCGCUGCUCUGCCAGACUGGAAGAAGCACAAAGAAACGGAUCCGCCACCAUUCGGUAGACUAAUGUGUGAGCAGAGCGUUCCACGUCGACGCUGAAACGCUGUGUAGCUCUGAUUUUUGCUGCUGCCGAUUUAUUAUCAUCAUUUUUUUUCCCUGAAUGAAUUUUCCUCUGUGGCGGUGGUGCAUUCACGUACUCCUCUAAAAUGGUGAAAAGCUCUAAAUCCGGUGAGGAUGCUGGAUUCACGACCCAUUACAGCUCCGUACCAGUGUGGCAGCCAUGGGAGAGGCAGUCCAUUCAGUCAUAAUCAUACGCUGCCUCCAUGUAAAGGAAUAAUGCAGACAACAAGGGGAUCCACCUAAAUUUCUCUACAGUACAAUGAACACCACUCUAUCGCCAUCGGAGCUGGUGGUUAUGCCGAAACAGCCCACCUUCAACGGCACCCAGAUGCCUUCAGGCUGGGCUGUGAUCCACACUGCCACUCUGACCUUUUGCUCCCCCCUCCUCAUCUUCAUCUUCCUUCUGGGCUCCUAUGGCAAUGUGGUGGUGUUUCUGUCCUUCUUCGACCCAGCGUUUCGCAAGUUUCGUACGAACUUUGACUUCAUGAUCCUCAACCUGUCGUUCUGCGACCUGUUCAUUUGCUGUGUGACCGCCCCCACGUUCGCGCUGGUUCUCUUCCUGGACGCAGGAGGGCGGGACGGCGUGUCGAAGAGCUUCUGCUUUACCUUCCACUUGACCAGCUCAGGCUUCAUCAUCAUGUCGCUGGAGACGGUCGCUGUCAUCGCCUUGCACAGGCUGCGGAUGGUUUUGGGGCAGCAGCCCAACCGGACAGCCUCUUUCCCCUGCACCCUGGCUCUCACUGCUCUGCUGUGGACCACCAGCUUCACGAUGGCGGCCCUUCUCACCACGCGAGCGUACCCCCACAGAGAUGGACCCUGUUUGCCUCACUUUGGCCUGGGAACCGGACAGGCCAUGGUUGUGCUGUAUGCCUACCUGGCAGAUUUUGCGUUUUGCGUGGCUGUGGUGUCCGUGUCCUAUAUGAUGAUCGCGCGGACUCUGAGGAAGAACGCACAAGUGAGGAAGUGUCCCAUCACCAGUGUGGAUGCCACGUGCCCACCACCACCUCCCCCCCUUGUUGCAGCUGGCUUUGAAAGUAUGCAGUGUGCUGUCCAAGGACCGUCUGUGUACCGCAACCAGACCUACAACAAACUUCAGAACAUACAGAGCCACUCUUACACCAACAGGACUAGCCAGCCUUUAGCCCCAGGGGCAGCCCAAGGCGCCACCUGCUGUCAGAUGGUGUCUUCUGUCAACCUGGCCACAGCCAAAGACUCCAGGGCAGUGGUCACAUGUGUGGUUAUUGUGUUUUCUGUAUUAUUUUGCUGUUUGCCCAUGGGCUUCUCGCUGGCGCAGGAUGUUUUGUCGCCUAAAAGCAGCUUCGCCCACUACCAGUUUGAGCUGUGCGGCUUCGUGCUCAUCUUCCUCAAGUCGGGCAUCAACCCGUUCGUGUACUCGCGGAACAGUGCGGGCCUGCGCCGCCGGCUGCUCGGCUGCAUCCAGUGGGCCACUCUGGGUUUCCUCUGCUGCAAGCAAAAGACGCGCCUGCAUGCGAUGGGGAAGGGAAGCCUGGAAGUCAAUCGCAAUAAAUCCUCCCACCACGAGACCAACUCGGCCUACGUGUUGUCGCCCAAACCUCAGAGGAGGCUGGUGGACCAGGCCUGUGGGCCCAGUCACUCCAGGGACUGUGGUGGUAGUCCAAGGGUCACGGGUGCAAGAAAACCCCGCCUCCCCAGUACCUCGACGCCAAUAAACACCCGCAUUGAGCCCUACUACAGUAUAUACAACAGCAGUCCAUCUGCAGGCCCCAGUUCCCCCACCAGCCUGCAACCUGUCAGCUCUCAGGCGUUCGCCUUUGCUAAGUCCUACGUAGCCAUGCACUACCAUACUCACCAGGAUGCACUGCAAGACUUUGACAGCACAUCGGUGCAUCAGAUUCCUAUUCCUUCUGUCUAAUCAAACAACCUUUGGCAAUCCCAAUCAAUCAAAAUAUAUAAAAAAAAAAUCAACCUAACUAAUGUUUCUGAAGUCAGUAUUAACCUUUUCCUCUUCGGUAGAUGGACAUGUUUCCACAAGUAUAAACUUUCCACUGUAAUUAGACUUUUGUUAUGAAACCAGUUCACUUAUUUGAUCUGUGUAGUUUCAGAUGAUUCUUCUUCCUGUUUGACACGCAUGUGCCAUUAGAAACCAUAAUCACUAUUGAAGAUUUCAAUCAAACCAAUUUUGAGUGUUUUUUUUUUAAACCAGUUUGCAGCAUCAGGAUGCUAUGAGCCCUUGCUGAAGCCCAUGUGUGGCUGUCAGAAGCAUGUAGCUGCAACUUUAUGGACUAAAAAAAAUGUAUAUAUGAGCCUCAUGCACUUUUUUGACAAUAAAUGUAUACUACACUAGCAUCAGCACUCUGUAAUGGCCUUAAAUUGACAGAAAUUGAGCACAUUUGACAACAGUUUUUAAAGAUUUCUGGUUUGGUCACAAAAGGAAAUAAAACAAUAAAAUAUUCUUGAAAAGGUAAA